AUGGCAGACAUUCGACAAUCGUCCAUCAAGUUGCUCACUUCCACUUUGAGCAAUACAGAAGGAAGCAAAGGUGCUGAUCAAGCAUCCACUCUUGCACAACAGUUAGAACAAGCCGUCUUUGAAGCACAUCAAGGCGAUACGGGAAAUGCAUAUCGUGAUCAAUUACGAUCUCUUCAUCUUGAUUUGAGUAAGAAUAACGUUGAUCUUGCUAAACAGCUAGUCUCUGGACAAAUAAGUGCACAGGAGUUGAUACAAGCCGGACCAGAAGGACUAAAAAGCGAUGAACGAGCUCGUGAAGAUGAGCAACUACGUGAACAAGGCCUCCGUGAAUCCCUUGGAACACAUAAGAUCCCCGUUCACGAAACGAACGGAAGCUUGGCAGGUCCAGCUGCAGCUGAUACACUUGGUCAGGAAGGCGAAGUGGGCAUUCAAGAAGCAAGUAUGGGCGAAGAAGGUGAUUUCAAACAGCGAGCACAACCAAAAAUUCAAGGAUUAGAAGGAAUAGAGUUUGAAAGUGGACUUUAG